AUGGAGACCCUCGAGGGCCUCGGCCUCGCAGCCAAUAUCCUUCAGUUCUGCCAAGCGGUAGGAUCAUUCAUUAACCAGGCCCAUGAGAUUUACCGUUCAGGCCCGGCCGCACUGGGCAAGGUCAACGAUCUUCGCGGUAUCUCCAAGGAACUCCAUAAGAUGCUGUCGGAAAUGCAGCGACAAGAUACCCAGAUGAAGGAGAAGCACCCGACAGAGACAUCGCAGUUGCCACUUCACAAUGAGUGCCUCACUCUUUUACAAGACCUCACAAAUUCACUGGAUCAGUUGGAUUUGCCAGAGAAUCCGGGGAAAAAGAGAGUCCAUCAUGAUCGCAUUUAG